GCUCGCAACCGACCCAGUAGAUCGUAACAUAAAGUAAGCUAGUCUGAGCCGUUGUUGGAAAUACUCACGACUGCUGCUGGAAAAUCUAUAAUCAUCUGAUUAUAUACAACAUUUGCCCUCACUUCUUUCAUCCAGACUUAUUGGAGAUAUACUCGGUCACCUGAACUCUAAGAGAUUUAUCAGCAGAAGGCGACGAGAAAGAAAAGAAGUGCGUAUUUGUCUGAAGACCGGAACCGCUGCUGCCGUUUGACCUAGCUAACGUGAGUUAGCAUUGGUAGCACAGACCGGGGCCCAGGUCCGCAAUUUACCAAGACAACAGGGGAUUUUAGGUUUUCUAGUUUAGAUUUUUAGACACAGUUCAGUGUGAUGGCUUGUGGGGCUACUCUGAAAAGGAGCCUGGACUUCGAUCCGCUAAUGAACCCGGCUUCUCCUAAAAGAAGGAGGUGCGCCCCGAUCAUGUCUCCAGUCUCUUCACCACAGAAAUAUUUGCGUAUGGAGCCUUCACCUUUCGGGGAAGUGUCGUCCAGACUCACAGCAGAGCAAAUUCUACACAACAUCAAACAGGAGUACAAGCGGCUGCAGAAGCGACGACACCUGGACAGUGCUUUCCAGCAGGCAGACGGCUCCUGUCCUGUUGACCUGCAGAACAUUCACAGUGGAUCAGCUCUUCCAGGUACGUCCUCAGGUGCCUCAUCUCCCACCAGGAAAGAGCAGCCUUUAUUCUCCCUCAGGCAGGUCGGGAUGAUUUGUGAAAGACUACUGAAAGAGCGAGAGGACAAGAUUCGCGAGGAGUAUGAUGAGAUACUGACCACAAAGCUGGCAGAGCAAUAUGACGCCUUUGUCAAGUUCACACACGAUCAACUGAUGCGAAGGUUCGGCGAGCAGCCUGCGAGCUAUGUUUCCUGAGUGUCAGCGUCCAAUAUCCAGGAAUACCGGAAUACCAUUUUGCUGCAAACUAUUCCAGGGACUCAGUGGGUCUAGUUGGACUUUUCUCCUAGCUGUGCCAUAUCGCCUCUAUGUGGACUCACUGCCUCAGGCAUCAGUUAGUGGCAUCCACGUUUGCUGUGUCUGCCAGAGUUAGGAGGGCUUCCUGCUGCCAACCUGUUGAAGGACUCUCCGUGACUGUACCAGUGGCCUCUUAACUGCCGUGUCAAUAUUUAUUUGGCUUUGUUCUGAUGCCUUCGUGAAAAGGCUGACCGCCACCAUACACUCUGCCUUUUGAUUUUAUUUUGUCAAAUUUUGUUUUUUCAUGGAGAGGAUGUUAGUCAUGCAGCUUCUCUUUGUGUACAUUUUGAAAAAGGGAUGACGAGAGGACAAACCAAGGCCACGUCCAAAGACGGGCAUCUUGGCUUUUCUCAGCAUUAUUUUAAAGUGUCGUGGCAAUUAUUGCUAUAACAUUUGUAUACACUGUAUUUUUUUAUUUUUCUGCUUGACUUUUUUCAUUGUAUCAAAAUUUCAUGGUUUUAUUUGCUGUACGUAUAAAGGGGCUUUGAUUCAAGAAAAUUAAUAAAGUGUUUACACAAAUGUU